AUUAAUUGCCCUCUUUUACAUAUGUCAUCUAUGUAGUUUAGGAUGAAGAACUCUAGACCCAUAACUACUAAUGGUACAAGAAUCUUAGAAAGUAGUGUUAAUAUUGGAAGUAAAUUAAUGUAUAAACAUUAUUUCCAAAUAGUAAAUAACUUACAAGUCCUAAAUUAUCUUCUGAAUACGAAGUUACUUAAGAAGAAAUUAGAUAACUCAAAUUAUAAUUAAAUACAUCAAAAAAAGAGUCAUCCUAAGCCAAAUCUCGAAUAGUUUAUUUAGAAGUAUCCAUAAUACUUAAUUUAGAAAGAAUUACAACGAUAUGAAAAUCUAGUUGAAGAACAUAGUAAAACUAACUAUAAUAAUGAAUCUACUAAAUUACUUAUAGAAAAAACUGCAAUUGUUCAAAAAUUAAGAGCUAAACAUAAAUUAUUAGUCUAAGAAUUACUUGAAAAAAAUAAAGAAAUUGCUUAAUUCAAAAAAUCUACUAAAUACACUACUCUAUAAGAAUUAGAAGUAAUUUAUUAUUAUAAUCUAGAUUGAAAUUUUAAAUUAUGGAGAAGAAAAUCAAAGACUCAGAGAAAAAUUAGAAUAUUACUAAUCUAUUGUUAACCUUCGUACUAAUAAAGAACCUUUAGAAAAAAAAAUUAUACAAUAUGAAAAAACUUAUAAAAUUAUUCAUAAAGAUAAUCAAGAAUUAAUGAAUUAAAUCAAACAAUUAGAAAAUUAAAAUAAGUAACACAAAGUAUUAUUAUAUUUUAAUAUUUUUAGUAAAAAAUUGAAUAAUUAAAUAAAGAGAUAUCUUUAUAACAAUUAGAAAUAUAUAAAUAUUAAGAAUCCAUUAAUCAACUCUAAUCAUAUAAUCAACAUAUUCAAACCAUGUUAGAACAAGAAAAAAAUAAUGAAUAAUAACCCAGCGAAGAAUUAAGGUAAGAAUUUGGUUAGUAAAUUGAAAUUUUAAAAAAUAAACAUAUCGAAGAAUUAGAGUAAUAAAUUCAUUUAUAUAUAUUAGUGAUAAAAAUAAAGAAAUAAGAGAUUUAAAUGCUGAAAUAUAUAAAUAAACCUUGCAUAUUCAAGAAUUAGAAAAAUUACUUGAAUAAUAUGAAGAAUCUAUUAAAGAGAAAUAAUCUUCUAAUUAAUCGCCUAUGUAAAUUUAAAAAAGUUUUUGA